CUCGGAUUCUUAUGAAUUAAUCCUAAUCCCAGAGAAAGCACCUCUCAUAAAACUCAUACAACUUAUAAAAUUUUAGUCGACAGGGAAUAGGCUCGAAUUCACCCAAUCACCUCCCCUGCUUGGCUUCUCAACAAGGAAGACCAAGACACUCUAAUUUGUCUUCAAUGGAUUUAACACGCUUAAUAUGGCUUCGGUGACAUCGCUCGGGCUACAUGAGCCUACAGCACUUCAAUAUGCCAUACAAGAGCAACUCUUGCCGGAAAAUCCAUCUCCUUCCUCAUACGAUUGGAGCAUCACUGUGAACCAUAACGGCAACGAUGAAGGAGAGGACGAGCUUUUAGUUACUAAAGAUGCCGUCGUAUGGUCGAGGGGUUGCAUUUUUCGGAAGUGUUUUGGCUUCAAAUUGGAAAAUGAGCCUAUUAUCCAGGCUCUUUUAACAUAUUUCCCAAAUUCGGAACUCACAGAAGACACUCAAGAUGAGAAGCCAGGGGAGAAGCGGGUUCGUUUUCAGUCCGACACCAACACCAAUAAAAAUGAACGAGCAUUGUCCAAAGCUUUGGUCGUCUUCCUUAAGACCCAAGCUCACGUCUAUUUCCUCGAUGGUACUAGUCAUGUAGUACAUAUGCCUUUUGAAGUCGAAUCCGCCUGCGCAGCUCCUCAGGGCGUUAUAAUCCAACGGAGGCAACGAACUGAUACUAACCUAGCUGCGAGUCUUAAAUUUCCCCGAGUUCCACAUAAUUCAUUUAUCUCAAAUCAACUCUCCCCGGCGUCUAUAAGAUCCUCUCAGCUGAGUACCUUCACCACCGAGACUCUUGGCAAGCCCAAGGCACUUCCUCUCAGGUUGAACGCCAACCUUGACAACCUAUGGGACAUCCCAGAAGCGAGAACCGAUUCCCAGUGGCCACGCCUAGUUGCCCUCACCGACCCCAUGCUAGAACUUGGGUUAGUUGUUACGCAGACAGAUAAAUCUACUAAGCCCAAGAACCGUCCAGGCUCUGAAAAGUCACCCAAUUUUCUUGAUAGGGCAGAGGAGAUAGUUCACAUUGAAGAGGUAUCACAUCACCAAACCUAUAAGAAAGGCAAAGGGAAAUUGGUCCUUGCAGUGACGGUUAACAAAGAGACUUGCAUGUACACCGUUUGGAAGCUCACAUAUAUCUCCAAUGAAGACCCCUUCAUAAACGGGCGAAAACCCACAAAAACGAAGGCGGACAGGCGACGCAGCUCGAUGCAACCAGGUUUACCUAGCGGCGCCACGACACCGCUGCACCCAACCUUUAGAGAGAGUUUUGGUGCUCCCUUACCUGGAAAACGGUCGCGUAAGAGUGAGAGAAUCGAGAGAAAUGAUAAGAAUCUACAGAACCUUGAAUCAUCACUGGGUAUAGAAAAGGAAUCUGGCGUGACCCGUCGCACUUCUCGCCGUGUGAGCUCUAUGCUUGCCAGAGCUGAUCUCUCUGCUUCGCAGGAUAGAACAGCAUUUUCCGACCAGGCCCAAGCUUCUAACCAUCCCAAUACGAGAAGGGAUACUUCGCAUGGUAGUCAUCGAGGUCGAGCUAGCGGCGUAUUUGCUGGUCCGAGUUUCACCGGGACUACCAACCACGGGGUGAAUAUCCUCCUAGAGGCACCAGUUGAUAGUUUACUAGAGGAGCUACGCGCAGGUGGAGAUUUCGAGGGCUUCCAUAGCAUGGGUAUAGAUGAUCAUGAAUUUGAUGGUCUUACUCAGGAGAUACUGUUUACAAAGAUACACAGCAUUCCCAUCGACAAUAGCAAUGUCCGGUACUCGCUCUCCAAACAACCGGCCAGAACACAAUGUAAAGUAUUCUGUCUUGUUGGUCCAGGAUCCAUAGAUGAUGACCACAAUCGCCAGCAAGUCUUAGUCGGGAUUCAAGACCCGAUGGAGAAACGCUUACAACUUCUAACACUUCACCUACAAUCAAGCAGCUCUAAUUCGGUGUCCCCCCCCGGACCCGAUAAAACGGUCGUAACUUUCGGACAACUUAGGAAGGCUCAAAAUGUCAUAGACUCGUGCAAAAUCGUCGACGGCAAGCUUUCAAUGAUCCUCGUAUUAUCACAAUCUACUGAAGGUCAGCGUGAGCUUAGUAUUCAAGCGCCAUGGACGCAGAUGACGUCCGUGAACCUCCCGUCGAAGCUAUCACUUGCAAAUUUACGCAGUCUUGAUUACCACGGUAGUCUUGUCAACCGGGAUGUUGGCAUUAGUAGAGCUGUAACUCCCGCGAUCGGAGAGAUUGCCAGUCUACGACACCCUAAACUACGUGGUGUCGUAGACCUUCUAGACGAAGAUACCCAACAGUAUCACCAAAUACGUAUUCAACUCCAACCCACAUCUCCGCGAGUUUCGAAAGUCUUGAAGGCCCUGCGAACAGCUCUUCCAACCUCUUUCGGUGAACGAUUAGUUUCCAACUGGUGGGAGAUUAUUGCAUGGCUUCGGCAACAAGACACCGAGGUUACCGAUAUUGAAUGGUCGGCUGUUGUUAUUCAAAUCUUUUCUAUAUUUCUUGCGCUUGAUUUCGACGAGGCUACGUUACCAGCUGAUAAUACACCACGGAGAAGAUCUAGAGGCUACUUAAGGUCAAGUAGCGGAGCACAGAUCGAUCUCGGCGACUGGGACGCGAUGAACGGGUACGAAACACCCGGAUCGUUGACACAUCCGUCCUGGAUCGAGAAUAAAGCAUGGCAGUGGAUGAUGGAAGAAGACGAUUCUUCCCCACCGAUAUUUCGACCCAGCUCCGAGCGAAAUAGCACGGAUUUUCUCUCUGCGCAUACAAAGUAUACUUUGGCGUAUUUGUCCUCCAGCAACGGAGAUGCUGCUUGCGGUCCAGACGGAUAUCUUCCAACGUCCGCUAGUCAUGACUACUUAAGUAGGACACGGUAUGCUCAAGAUAUAUUUCUUGCGUUACAUCUUUUGCUAGAGGAACAAAAACUUGACAUUGUAUCUCGCCACUUACUAUCCCCAGGCUCGAUUAACCUACGAGCUGUGUUACUCCAAGUUGCUCGUUGCUUGAAGUGGUUUGAAUGGAUAAAUGCUUAUGAACUCGAAAUGCCCCUGGACUGGCCCGAGCAACAGCCAGGGUCUAUGGGCAUUUCUGUAUCACUUAAACCCCCAGAGCCAGCCUACUGGAACGUUUCUGACUGGAUCCGAACGAAUUUAUCACCGCAACCAAACCCGUCAGCGUUCGUGCCGCCGAUAAGAUCGACCAUGGUUUACUCGGUAAUCCCUCGUACGAAAAUGUUUGAAGAUCUCUUUAAGACCCUCUCUCUUCGAAGGAGAUCACCGGCGGAUUUCGUCGAAGCUAUGCACCAAAGCGGUAUCACCCCAACGAUUUUGGAGUCAUUACCAGAACACGUCCUUGUCCCCCUCCAAGAUGCAAUCGCUCAAUGCCAACCGGCUCCUCCGUCAAAGUGGUCUAAGGGGAUGCUUGAUUUAGUCAAUAGAGGCGACGUCGGCUCAGUGCUAACGCAGUCGAAUAACCUUCACAUCCGUUCAACUAGCGUUCUUGCACCAACUCAUGUUGCUUCGUGGGAUUUCAAUUCUCUCUGCCAGAACGUUAUGGAUUUUAGUGAUGCCCCAUCAGAUGAUAUCGCAGAGAGCGAUAAGCAGGCAGUGAUUCGUGCUAUUUUCAAGGAUGACCGACGCCUUGACGAAACUAAAUCGAUGCUAAACACAACAAAACCGCGAAUCAUGCGUCUAGAUCCGCUACCCGAAUGGACGGAAGCUUACUAUCUCGAGCAGCAAAAGGAUAUGGUAACGAGGCUCGCAAAUAAUACUUUGUCCAUACCAGCUGGCCGUGGUCUAAUGAAUUAUGGACUUCGCUUCCCUCUCCUAACUCAGAAGUUCCACAUCAAUGGCUUUGUUCUGAAUUGCACUGUUCAGCCGAAUAAUGUGACGGUAGGUGUAGAUAAGUCGCUCUUUACAGAAGAGAGAAUCGCGUGGGCUUUCUUCCAUUCUGGUGUUGCUGGCGGGCUAUCCAUCUCUCGUCAGGCAAAGGGGAUAGACACUUCAUGGAUUCUGUACAACAAGCCCGGCAAUGAUCUAAGUAACAGGCACGCCGGGUUUCUUUUGGCAUUAGGUCUUAAUGGGCAUCUUAAAGGUGUAGCUAAAUGGGUUGCUUUCAAAUAUCUAACGCCAAAGCAUACCAUGACGUCUAUAGGCUUACUCUUGGGUUUAGCCGCAUCUUAUAUUGGAACCAUGGACUCCCUCAUCACCCGUCUAUUGUCCGUCCACGUUACGAGGAUGCUCCCACGGGGGGCUGCUGAGUUGAAUCUAUCUCCUCUAACGCAAACAACGGGAAUCAUGGGGAUCGGCUUGCUUUAUUGCAAUAGCCAACACCGGCGCAUGAGCGAAAUCAUGAUGUCCGAAAUUGAACACAUUGAAUCGGAAGAUGAUGAAGAACCGUUACGUACUGAAUGCUACAGGCUAGCUGCAGGUUUCGCCCUCGGUUUUAUUAACUUAGGAAAAGGGACAGACUUAAAAGGUCUCCAUGACAUGCGCAUCACCGAAAAAUUGUUAACUCUAGCUUCAGCUACGAAGAAGGCCGAGAAUGUGCACAUUUUGGAUAGAUCUACUGCCGCUGCCGUCGUAUCCAUCGCGCUCAUUUAUAUGAAGUCAGAAGACCAUAUAGUAGCUAGGAAGAUUGACGUCCCUGACGCAUCCUUACAGUUUGAUUAUAUCCGCCCCGACAUUCUAUUACUGCGUACGGUUGCUAAACACCUUAUCCUCUGGUCAGAAAUCGAGCCGACACAGGAUUGGGUUCGUAAGAACAUUCCACGACAAUACCAUUCCAGAUUACAGCCACCCCAAUACCCCUCAGAUCAUCCAUCCCGCGGACCGCUUAACUCGACACACUUACCAUUCCUCACAAUAUUAGCUGGCCUUUGCUUCUCCAUAGCGCUGCGGUUUGCUGGGUCGGGAAAUCUGAAAGUCCGCGACCUUCUACUCUCCUACAUUCGCAGAUACUAUAGCCAAUGCCGUCAUCCCAGCCCGAAAGCCAACUUCGACGAAAGAACUGUGCAGGUAACGGCACGCAUGUGUCUCGACAUAGUUGGGCUCUCAUGUGCAACUGUUAUGGCCGGCACAUGCGACUUAGAAGUCCUUCGUUACUUACGCUCGCUCCAUGGUCGCAACGACCCAGAUACAACCUAUGGUUCACACAUGGCUACACAUAUGGCUAUGGGUGCGCUAUCACUUGGCUGUGGUACACAGACUUUUAACACGUCAAACUUAGCCAUCGCUUCGUUGCUUGUUGCAUUCUAUCCCGUCUUCCCGGAUUCGGUGCAAGAUAACAAGAGCCAUCUACAAGCGUUCCGACAUCUCUGGGUAUUAGCUACCGAUCCCAGGUGCCUUGUCACAAAGGAUGUUUCCACGAACGCGCCUGUCGGUGUUCCAAUUGCCAUCCGUCUGGAGAAUUCGACGGAGGAAGAAGUGCGCAUGACACCAUGCUUGCUACCUCCGCUCAGCGAUGUGCAAAGGGUCAGGACCAUAUCACCCGACUUCUGGAACCUCGAUCUAAACUUCGAGGCGCACCCAGAAUACGCCGAAGCAUUCAAGUGUUCACAGGCGCUAUACCUCCGUAGGCGGCCCGUUAGUGACAGUCCGUUUGCAACGACUAUGCUCGCGCUCGGACACCAAGGAGGGCUUGGCGGCCCUCUAUCUACAGACGCGGCGUCUCAACCUCUCGAAUGGUUAUUCGACACAGUGCCGGGGUUACGACAACUCACGCACGCGGAACGCGGCAUCGUGCUCGACCGCGGCGUGGGUGGUCCCGACGUGAGCAAUAGUGCUACCACCGCAGUUGACGCCCGCCUAGUUCUAGAGGACGUGAUCUCUAGCGGGAACAGAGAUGACCUACUGGGUUUAAAGGGGCUAUUUGAGUGGUUCGAAUGGAGAGCUAGGAGAACACAAGCUGAAGAGAGAGCGAAGGAAGACAAGGUAAAAAAUAACAGUAACGAGAAGAAAGAACUCAGUUGGAACGGAGAGGGGUGGUUAAGAGAGAGUAUUGCAGAGAAUUUAAAGGGAGGGGUGUGGCUUGCAGGUAGGAGUUGAAGACAUGGGUAUGACUUAUGAGUGAAGAUUACUAUGUAUUAAAGACCUACGCCUCAGCUUGAUGAUGUUUAUAUGUAGGCCAGGAGCAACGUUAUAACGAUAUUGCUGCCUAGCUGACAACCUAGAUAUAAAUAUGAAUAAUAUAAAUGAGAA